AGGACCAGCGUCGCCUCCCCCGCGGCCUGGCGCCGGAGCCACCAUGUCGUUCGCGCUGGAGGAGACGCUCGAAUCGGACUGGGUGGCUGUGCGGCCCCAUGUGUUCGACGAGCGCGAGAAGCACAAGUUCGUCUUCAUUGUGGCCUGGAACGAGAUCGAGGGCAAGUUUGCCAUAACCUGCCACAACCGGACGGCCCAGAGGCAGAGGAGCGGCUCCCGGGAGCCGGCGGGGACGCGAGGGGGCGCCGAGUCCGGUACUGCCGCGUCCGACGGGAUCUCCGAGGAGAUCGAGGUGCUGGAAAUGGUGAGGGAGGACGAAGCGGCCCCGACGUCCCUGGCGCUCUCCGACCCGGAGCAACCGGCCACCGAACUAGAGUCGGCGGCCGAGGAGUGCAGCUGGGCCGGGCUCUUCUCCUUCCAGGACCUGCGCGCGGUGCACCAGCAGCUGUGCUCCGUGAACUCGCAGCUGGAGCCCUGCCUGCCCGUCUUCCCCGAGGAGCCCUCGGGUAUGUGGACCGUGCUCUUUGGGGGCGCCCCGGAGAUGACGGAGCAGGAGAUCGACACUCUGUGUUACCAGCUCCAGGUCUACCUGGGCCACGGCUUGGAUACCUGCGGUUGGAAGAUCCUCUCCCAGGUACUAUUCACUGAGACCGACGACCCCGAGGAGUAUUACGAAAGCCUCAGCGAGCUGCGGCAGAAGGGCUAUGAAGAAGUGCUCCAGCGGGCCAGGAAGCGCAUCCAGGAGCUCUUGGAUAAGCACAAGAAUACAGAGAGCAUGGUGGAGCUUCUGAACUUGUAUCAGAUGGAGGAUGAAGCCUACAGCAGCCUUGCAGAAGCCACAACUGAACUCUAUCAGUAUUUACUACAGCCAUUCCGAGACAUGAGAGAACUUGCCAUGCUACGAAGACAGCAGAUCAAGAUUUCCAUGGAGAAUGAUUAUCUGGGUCCCCGAAGAAUUGAAAGUUUACAAAAAGAAGAUGCUGAUUGGCAGCGGAAAGCUCACAUGGCUGUGCUCUCAAUUCAAGAUCUUACUGUCAAAUAUUUUGAAAUAACAGCUAAAGCUCAAAAAGCUGUGUACGAUCGAAUGCGAGCAGAUCAAAAGAAAUUUGGUAAAGCAUCUUGGGCAGCAGCCGCUGAACGUAUGGAGAAACUCCAGUAUGCAGUUUCUAAGGAGACGCUGCAGAUGAUGCGAGCUAAAGAGAUCUGUUUGGAACAGAGGAAACAUGCACUAAAAGAAGAGAUGCAGAGUUUGCAGGGUGGUACAGAAGCCAUAGCCCGAUUGGAUCAGUUAGAAGCUGAUUAUUAUGAUCUGCAACUUCAGUUGUAUGAAGUACAGUUUGAAAUCUUGAAGUGUGAAGAGUUAUUGUUGACAGCACAACUAGAAAGCAUCAAAAGACUUAUAUCUGAAAAAAGAGAUGAAGUGGUAUACUAUGACACUUAUGAAAGCAUGGAGGCCAUGCUGGAGAAGGAAGAGAUGGCAGCAUCGGUGCAUUUACAGAGAGAAGAGCUGCAUAAACUUCAGCAGAAAGCACGCCAGCUGGAAGCAAGACGUGGACGGGUUUCAGCCAAGAAAGCCUACCUCAGAAAUAAAAAGGAAAUUUGUAUUGCAAAACACAACGAAAAAUUCCAUCAGCACCUUCAGAGUGAAGAGAACUACAGAACCCAUCACACAGUACAACUAAAGAGAGAGAAAUUACAUGAUGAAGAAGAAAGAAAAAGUGCUUGGGUUAGCCAAGAAAGACAGAGAACACUGGAUAGACUUCGAACUUUUAAACAGAGGUACCCUGGCCAAGUUAUAUUUAAGUCAAGCAGAUUGCGACUGGCUCAUGCAAGAAAAAGUGCCGCUAGUCCUGUGCCCUGCGAGGACCAGUGCAACUCUAUGCCAGGAGCACUGCAGAUAGAAGAGAAAAGUGAAGAGGUGCAGAAAGGAAGAGGCAAGCUUGGGUCCUCGCAGACAGCAGAAGCCCAAAGCCUCAUACAACUUGAAGAUACUUCAUUAGUACAACUUGAAGCCACUUCAUUACCUCUCAGUGGUGUUACCUCGGAACUGUGCCCCACUGUUUCUCUUUCACUUUUGAAUAAUAUUGACCUUGAACCAGGUUCUGUUACCACAGAUCCACUCCCACCACCUCUUCCUCCAACACCACCUCCCCCACCACCCUCUCCUAGUGUGGAGGGGAACGAGAAGAGGAUCCCUAAAUCUGCAAGUGCCCCUUCAGCACAUCUCUUUGAUAGCAGCCAGCUGGUCAGUGCCAGGAAGAAGCUCAAAAAGACUGCUGAAGGUUUGCAGAGAAGGAGAGUGAGCUCACCCAUGGAUGAGGUGUUAGCUUCCUUGAAACGUGGUAGUUUUCAUCUGAAAAAGGUUGAACAACGAACUCUGCCUCCUUUUCCUGAUGAAGAUGAUAGUAAUAAUAUCUUGGCACAAAUAAGGAAGGGGGUAAAAUUGAAGAAAGUACAGAAGGAAGUUUUGAGAGAAUCCUUCACGCUUCUGCCUGACACAGACCCUCUCACACGGAGCAUCCAUGAAGCUCUUAGGAGAAUCAAAGAAGCAUCCCCUGAGUCUGAGGAUGAAGAAGAGACCUUGCCUUGCACAGAAUGGGAAAACUAACAAGUGACUCACGAAAAAGAAAAAAAUACCUGCAGUUGAAGACCGAUUCAUAUUCUUUUGAAAAACAAAUUCUAAACACUUGGUUCCAGAAUUGGAUUCCAUUAGAUCCAAAGUGUAUUGGCUCAGUGGUGUGAAAAAAGGAAGCACAAUUGGCAAGUUUUUACUUUUUCAGUCAUUCCAAUAGAUGGUGGUUAACAUGAGUUUUAGAUGUGCAAUGUUCCUGACUACACUGAAGAAGAGGCCUUCAGAGAGACUCCCAUUUUGUUACCAUCUUCCCCUCCUGUCCACCCACUUACAUACUUAUAGUGGCCAGUAAAGCUAGGGGUUGCUAUGAGUUGGAAGAGCACUGGGUGGACAGAGGUCUCCUGUGAGCUGUAUUGGGACUCCUUUGAAAUCUAUUGUUCAGUGCACUGAAUAGUCAUCUGCUUGAAAAUUACAGAGCUUCUUCCAUAUCAGCUUAUAUAAAUAGUGUGACACUCUGAAAAAGAAGUUUAUCAUGAUAGCCAUUGGGACAGGAAUUGAAAGAAAAUCAGAUGUUGAAAAUUUCCACAUUAUCUCCAAAGGAAUUUUCAUAAAGAUGUUGAACAAUAUCUGGAAAGAUACAAAACUAUGGAGAUGCAUCUAUUAAUGUGUUUACCACAAUAUGAUACAUUUAACAUGGCAUAUUUUUAGAAGACCACACACUCUUACACUUUGUAAGUUUUUGAAGUAAAAUUUCCAUGCUUUUAAAUAGCUCUUCAUAAUUGUGAAUUUAUAAUAGUUUGAAUAUUAUGUGCAGCUUUGUUUAUGAGAAGCAAUACUUUGUAAUUUGAUAAUAUUUCAAAUUAUUUUUGGUCUUUUGUUUGAACUAUUGCUUGAUUACUGUAAUUCAACAUGACUUUCCUAUUGAGAAUCAAAAAUCAGGAUUCUAUAAUAGGAAUGCAGAUCUUAAGUCUUUUUAUCAUGUACCAUUUAAGUUUUUAUUUUUAUGCUCCACAGUGAAAAAAAAGUGCUCUACAAAUAUGCAGAAAAAAUUAGACAAGCAGAAAAGCCUCUUUAGCUGGCAUUUCACAUGCUUUGAGUGGAGUUUUUGGAUAGAGUCUUUGUUAUUGUCACUAAAUUAAAAAUGUAUGUAGCUCUAGGUGCCUGUUUUGCUGUAAUGGAGUCCUAAAGGAUGCGUUUAUAUGAAUGGAGCCAUUAUGUGUUCUCAGCUGGACUGCUGUGGGCUUAAAUGAAGGUAGAUAUGUUGGACUCAAUACAGUACUCUGUAGAGUAUUCUGCAUAAGACAGAUCUUGGCCUUUAUAUGCAGGGAGGACCGAAAUACCAAAAAAGACUUUUAUUUCUUAUGAGGCAAUUAUCUGACCUAGACUCAGAAAGCAGUCCCAGUGUAAAAGCCCUCCAAUGAAUCGAUAUUCCAGAGGAAAACGAAAUGCUCGCACCUUUGUCACAUUAAAGUGGUAUUUCUUGAGAGCAAUUAUGGAGAAAAUAUUCUGACACCGGUCAUGUAAAACAAAAUCUUUCUGCUUAAAUGUUGGUAAUAUGUUUCACAAUACAUUGGUUUAUUCUAGCACUAUUUUCACAUCUUGUCUGGGAAGAUUGGAAAUAUAGAUCUAAUAUAGAAACUAAUCUUCAUCCCAUGAUGGUGAGUGGGGGAGAUUUUUUCCUAUCUACAUCCGUAAGGCAUUGAAGCAUGCUUCCUAACCCAAAGAAUGAUUGGUUUGAUAAUGUAUUUUUUAAGAAGUUUUAGUAAAUUUACAAGUCAUAAAAAAAAUCACAUUUCAAUGUUAUGCCUUUGGAUGCUUGUUUUGUUUUUCAUUCAUUGACAUUUAGAAAAAUACAGGAGAAGGCAAUGUUAAAUUAACAGCAAAAGCACUAGAACUCUCAUAUGUCUAGAGGGAAUUGCUACCCAUUUGGUGUUACAGCUGCAAUUCCAAGGGUCCUGUGAUCUCCAUGAAGGUUAUCUCACACUUGAAGAUGAGUAGGUUAGAGCCGCCAGCUAUGCUCAUUCUCUGGUAAAUAACUUCUUUAACACACUCGCUUCCCUUAGAGAUUCAGAUUCCUACUUCCACGGAAUUGCAUGUUACUGUAGGUCAUCAACCUUUAAGAGUUCUCACAAAUAAUAUUAAAAUUUAAAAUAACUACCAUCGACUUGUCUAUUAAGAUGAGUUGACCAGUUGAAUCCUCAUUUUAAUUUUAAAGCAGUUUUAGACCCCAACAGGAAUUAUGUUGACAUGGUUAAAUUCUUUUUUUUCUUGCGCCAGUAAGAUGAGCACCUUCGGCCUUAGUAUUUCAUUUGUAUAUAUUUUAGUUAUGGUGGUACUUAUAGAUCACGUUUCCACUUCCAAACUUGCCUAUACUGUUUAUAUGGUUUUAAAUAUUUGACAGCUGUAUUUCUGUUAAUGUAUCAUUGCCAUAUAUAAGAAUCUGCAAACAACUGCUUGCUUACGCUGAAUCAGUUUAGAAGUUAAUUUACUAAUCUGGCCUCAACUACUAUAUAUUUAAAAUAGGGAAACAAGUAGGUGGUGAUCUGGGGGAUGUUUUGAGGACAGUAUUACUUACUGCUCACUUAAAUGUCAAUGUUAACUAUAUAUUCUAAUGCAACUAAAAUUAUGUGUAUAUAACCAAUGUGGAAUGUAUAGAAAAGGUAUUCCUAAUGAUUUAAAAUCCCAAUGGUACUAUAUUAUAGCAAUAUGAAGAAAUGCCUGGCUAAAAAAGAUUUUUAAAAGAUGA